CCUCAACUUAAAAAAAAAAAAGUUCAUUUAUAUUCAAAUGAGAACUGAGAUGCAAACAAUUGUUUCAGCAGUGGGACCAUGGCUGGGCAUUGGGGAAUCACCCCUUCAUUAGGAUGGGCGUUUGAGGGGCUGUUGUGAUUGACACUGGGCAGCAAGCAUGGGUGGCGAGGUCAGGGUCUAACUCCACUGCUUAGAGCAGAAGAGUUUGGGUCUUGGCCUGACCCGGAACCUAACCUGGGGCAGUCAGGCAGGAGGCAGUGGGGGUGACGAAGUUCAACAUCAAGUCCUCCCUCUUCAACUUCAGUUCCUAGGAGCUUGCAUGUCCCUCCACACCAUUUCUGGCCAUUUUUUUCUAGCUUAUUGUUAAUAGUCCUGCAGUUUUUACCUCUUACAUAUAGUGAGGAAAUGUUUUCUUCUUGUCUUCUGUCCCUGCUUAUUCCACAACCUCAAGUAAAACUAGGUCUUAGUCUCAGUACUGACUCCUUCACUCAUUGGCUGUGAAAGCUUGAAGUGACACUCUCUCUCUCUGUACCUCAGAUUUGGGUAUAAAGUAACAUUUAUGCCACCAGCCCCAGCUUUCUCAUUGGACUCUUGAAAUGACAAAGGCGACAGAUUUGAAGAUGCUCUGAGUGCUGGAAGGUGGCAGAGAGGGGAAAGCUGGUCAGCAUAAGGUCCCUGGAGAACAUCUGGGGAGGAGGAAAAAGCCAGUUGCUCUCGGGGCCACACCUAUGGAUGGCAUAGGGAAGGUCCCUGGUUGGCUAUGGGAAAUCUGUGUCCCUUCCCUUCCCUCGGUUCCUCCCCAUUAGGGCUGAAGCAAAUACCUAGAGACCGAUAUUCAGGGCCUCACGUGGGAACGCCCUCCAGAUGAGAGAUUGGGACCCUACACAUCUGGGUCCCAAUCUCUCAUCUGGCUAAGAUGAGACCUGGGACGUAAUCCCCACACACUUUUCUGAGCCCCAGUUCUUCACCCGUAGCGUGCCCACACUAACUCCUCUGUGGAACUGUUGAGAGGACCCAAGUGUAUGAGGCAGGAUGGGGACACCAUCCCUUCAUCCACAUGACAGGCCCCCAUUGAUCUGUAUCUUUAGUCUACCACCCCUCCACAAUUCAGGGCUUCCCCCAACUACCACAAAACACUCCUGUUUGGGUUGGAACCAGCCUGUGUUCUAGAAUCUUGUCCCCUUGCACCUGGUUCUAGAAUCCCACUGCUAUUCCAGACCGUGCACUCUAGAAGCGGAAGCUUUUCCUGGGCAGUGUCGGCUUGCUCAAGCUCUACUGUGCGACUUGAGUCUAUGCGGCUGCCAGGAUGCGGUGGCGGGACCGCAUACCUGUGCUCUUCUUCCCACAAGGCAUGAUGCUCACCGUGGCUGCACUGAUGCUCUUCUUUAUACACCUGUGCGUCUUUGCCAGCGACGUGCACAACUUCUGCUUCACCCACCACUAUGACCGCAUGAGCUUCCGCUACACAGUUGUCCUGAUGUUCUCCCAGGUAAUCAGCAUCUGCUGGGCCGCUAUGGGAUCACUCUAUGCUGAGAUGACAGACAUGAAUGCUCAAUGGAGCCAUGUUCUUCAACCGCCUGUCCCUGGAGUUUCUGGCCAUCCAGUACCGGGAGGAGAUCCACUGAGUCUGGGGGGCUGGGCUGAGAAGGGGGAAGGAAAAGGAGGCUUCGGGUGUUUCAAUAAAAUCUGUUAUUUAUUUCCACCUUUGGGUGCUUUAAUAAAGUCUGUUGUUUCCACCUGUCAGCUCCUUCAUGGGUUGGGGGGUGGAAGUCUGGAGACCCAGGGAAACAGGUCAAGACAAAAUCUCGAUCUGUAGGGACC